UCUCCUCGACUAGUUUUCAUAGCAAUCUUUUUAUCCACUGAAAUCUGUUGAUGAAAUGGCAUCAGAACUUUUGAUAUUGCCUUAGUUUAGUUACUAUGGGUCGAAAGAACAAAAGCGGUGUGUCCCCUCAGAAUCAAGAAUCAUGUCACAAGCUAAACUUCUUACAUCAGGCAUCCCAUGUAGUGCUGGCCAUCAAUCCAGAAAAUGUGGAAAUGUCAAGAUUUUAUGCAAGCACAUUGAAAUCAACAGCUCAAAAACUUGUGUUUAAAUUGGAUCCAAGCAUUAAAAGGACCAUUUGCAAACAUUGUCAUUCCCUUCUUAUACCAGGAAUUACAGCAAGGGUCAGAGUGAGGCGAAGAAGAGAGAGACACAUUGUGGUUACAUGCCUUGAAUGUCAGACCAUUAAAAGAUACCUCUGCAGAGCCAACUAUGUUCUGUGGAGUGAAAAACAAAAUAACCCUAAGCAGCAAGAUAAUGACAAGGAUGGCCUUAUUCAAGAAAAUCAAAUGGAGGGAAAGGAGAAGAGUUAAACAUUUUCAAUCUGGAAUGAAGGAGUGCUGUCCAUUUUUCUAUGGGAAAAUCAGGGAGGAUUUUCUGUGAAGAGGAGCAGUAAGAUUUUUUGGCAAUCAAAAUGAAACAGGACAAGGUUGUUCCUUCUGCACAGACUUUACUUUUUUCCUUGUCAGAUCCUAGGUACCUGGAUAUUUUAUCAGGGAGUCUGUUUCUAGGGGAUAGAAGCAAACAGUAAAGUGAAUUUUGCUGUUUUUCAAUGGUCCCAGAUAUAAGUAAUGAUCAUUCACAUCAUGCCUUAUGAUCUGACACACUUCACAGAAGUGAAAACAAACCAUACUUUUGUGGCAAGGCUACCCUUGAUUAUAUGUAGCUUAUUCCACAUGUUCAGUCGGUAAAAUGAAGCUAAUAAACAAACAGCAUGCUUUGUUUAACUGGUACACCUGGAACAGGCUAAGAUUGCUUUUUCCUAUGAGACAGCUCAGCAAAAAUAAAAGACUGUCAAAGGAAAUUGCAUAAUGGGGAAGUUUAUAACUAGGCACAACUACUUUUGCUGUGUGAUCUUCCAGUUUCUAUGGAUUCUUGGUGUUAGGGAAAGCAAUUGAAAUUGAAAGAAUUUUUUUCCUAAGAAGAAAGAAAAAAGAGAAUAGUUCUUGCACUCUUCAAACGGAAAAAAAAUCGUUUUUAUCAGGAAUUGGUGAAACAUAAUCCUCUGUUCUGACUGCUUCUUCUUGCUUUCGGUAAUUAAUUCUUAAUCUUCUCUUAUUCUCGAGAUUUUCUUUGUCUCUCUUGCCUAAUUUGUAUAAUCAACCAACACUCAAGGAGUUUUUUCUUUUAUUUUGGUUUAACCCAUUACUAGCAGGUGUUUACAAUGUUGCAUUGUAGAUAAUUCCGAAUUUGGAGAAUCGAUUUAAAAGGAACCGAUUUUGGAAACAAUUUAAGGUAUAUCUGAAACCAUGAAUUUGGAACUUUGGAUAAGCAGCAGUUUUUUAUCGGUAUAGUCUAAUUUAUUUGAAUACCUUCGCUUAAACGUACAGUAUAUGCGCUUACGCCUUGAAUAAUAACAAGAAGAUAUGAAGAUUUGCCAAUAAUUCUCAAGACAGCUAAUGCAAACCAAAUACUGUUAUGUCUCAUAACAGGAAAAACCUUUUUAAAUCAACGCCAUAUCAGCUUUGAAAAUCUAAAGCCGAGGAAAUGACACCUUUGAAUUGUUAAGAUAUAAAUGCGCUCUUUGUCCAAACGGAAAUAAACUCCCACCAGUAGGGGGCCUGUCAAACAUGAAAAAAAUAAUUGCCCUUUAAAAAAAACAGCUUGCUUGACUUGUGAAUUUUAUGAAUGUUUUGUAUAUUGUGUUGCAUAGCCAAGAUGUAUUUUCUUAUCAAUAUUUGGCUAAAUUAAAAUUAUCCAAUACUUGUGUCGA